GUCUUAUUUUGAAAGGUAUCCUGUACACCGGAAUCACAUGUGCCUAUGUCAACUCUGGCUCUGGACCCUAAAAACCAAACAAAACUCUGCACUCAUGUCCACUUUAGCAAAAACCAUGAGCAAGUUUCGUCUGGCGGUGGUCCAGCUGCAGGUCACUGCUGUCAAAGCGGACAACCUGAGCAGAGCCCGGAGGCUGGUGAAGGAGGCUGCAGGUCAGGGCAGCCAGGUGGUGCUGCUGCCGGAGUGCUUUAACUCUCCAUAUGGAACCGGCUUCUUCUCCUCGUACGCUGAGAGGAUCCCAGGAGAGUCCUCACAGGUGCUGUCAGAGGCAGCGAGGGAGAACAAGGUGUACCUGGUUGGAGGAUCUAUCCCUGAGGAGGACGGGGGGAAGUUGUAUAACAGCUGUACAGUGUUUGGGCCUGAUGGAGAGAUGAUUCUGAAACACAGGAAGAUUCAUCUCUUUGACAUUGACGUUCCCGGGAAAAUCCGCUUCCAGGAGUCUGAGACUCUGAGUCCAGGCUGCAGUUUGUCCAUGUUUGACACUCCGUUCUGUAAAGUGGGCGUGGGGAUUUGCUACGACAUGAGGUUUGCAGAGCUCGCACAGAUCUAUGGCAGGAAAGGCUGUCAGCUGCUGGUUUACCCUGGAGCCUUCAACAUGACGACUGGCCCCGCCCACUGGGAGCUGCUGCAGAGGGGGAGAGCUCUUGAUAACCAGGUGUAUGUUGCCACAGCGUCUCCUGCCAGAGAUGAAACUGCUUCUUAUGUGGCCUGGGGUCACAGCACGGUGGUUAGCCCAUGGGGUGAAGUUAUCUCAAAGGCGGGAGCAGAGGAGGCUGUUAUUUAUGCAGACAUCGACCUCCAGUAUUUAGCCGACAUCCGGCAGCAGAUCCCGAUCACAUCUCAGCGUCGACACGACCUUUACACGGUGACAUCCACGCAGGACGGAUCGAGCUGAUCGCUGCAGCCAUGAGAGAGAAGAGUGUGAAAGCUCUGAUGCUAAAUGUGCAGCUGAUUUUUGCCUGAUGGCUGCGUCUUCUUCUCCUCAGAAGCUCAGGACUUAAUCGUCUCAAUCCUGGAAUCAAGAUGUGGUAGAGACGAUCUCACUAACAUCACAACGCUGCUCCCUUCUUACUGAUGAAGCUGUGAUUUAGUUUGUUUGAUAUCUGAAGCUGGAAUAAGAUGAUGAUUCGUGGAAAAUAUGACAACUAAGCACAGAAAUGUUUUUGUAAUUCAUAGAAAAAAUAAUUAUUAAACAAACAUAUUUUCUGUAAAAAUGAAGAAGUGAAUAAAGUUUGAUGCUUUCGGCAUCUUUAUUAAGGUUUAAAAAACAUGUUCAGUAAACAAAAGAGAAAGUUGCAUCAAGUGAAGGGAUAGUGUUUGUGUUUGUAUUUACAUUGUCCGUUUAAAAACCCAUCACUUGUAUUGAUUAGUGCAAACGUCCCAACAUGUACAUAUUUACAGUUCAGUGCUCUGUCGCCUCUCAUCAAUGAGGAUUUAUCGGCUGCUGAUUCUUUACACGUCCGUUUCUGUUUUCAUCACCUCUGUCUCCUCCUUGUCUGGAAAUCUCCUUUUGUAACCUGAUGACAGAAAACAAGCAUGUCAGUAACAGCAGCAGAGGUUUCCCUGGAAACAUUUCACUGACAUUUCAAACAUAGCAUUCGUGAUAAAAGAAUAAUCCAGGGUCGUUAACUCCUUGAGCGUGAACUCUGAUUGGACUGUGGCAUCCUGUCCUCACCACGCCAUCCUGAUUCACACUGCUGAGAACAGUUAUGUUUGUAUCAUUGUGUCUAACACAUAGAUGAUAACUUGGUGAGCUGCCCGAGUAUAUUUUCCUCGGCCAAAUGAUAUCUGCUGACCUUUUUAAGUAUCUUUUUCACCUGUGUAAAUCUGCCACCUCAAGUCUAAACACCUGCAGCAUUUGAACCAUGCUCUGCAGGUGAUCAGAUAGAGACAGGUACAGCAGAACCUCCCUCCUGUUAAUGCAUUGAUUAAGGUCUGACGUCUCAUGUUGAAUAUGAGCCUUCACAUGUCGCUGUUUUUUAAGUGUGCAGCUGGUUGUAGCAGAUCUCAUUCUGCACUGACUUAGUUUUGGAUCAUUCCUAAACGCCACUUUGUUACAAGUCUCAAGCAGAUUGCCUCAAAUCAAAAAAGUUGUUAUUCAUUCGUCUUUAUAAAACAUGCUGCUGAUGA